GCGGGCGGACAGGAACCUUGAGCUGGGGCACGGAAGCCGCAAGGGCUGUGGGGGCGUAGGCGGGGCGUCCAGAGGAGGCGCAGGGGACCGUGGGAGGGUCCGGCCCUCGGAGUCCCGGCUUGAAGAGGGAAGGGGCUCCGGAGCUGUGGUGGCAGAGAGGCAAGAUGACUUCUCUCCCCCAAGCUUGGAACAGCUGAAGGAAAAACAACAGUACAAGAUGAAAACAACAAAGGUCUACAAACUUGUCAUCCACAAGAAGGGCUUUGGGGGCAGUGAUGAUGAGCUAGUCAUGAACCCUAAAGUGUUUCCUCACAUCAAGCUUGGAGACAUUGUGGAGAUUGCUCACCCCAAUGAUGAAUACAGCCCUCUGCUUUUGCAAGUCAAGUCACUUAAGGAAGAUUUGCAGAAAGAAACUAUUAGUGUGGACCAGACUGUGACUCAAGUAUUCCGAUUAAGACCUUAUCAAGAUGUUUAUGUGAAUGUUGUAGACCCUAAGGAUGUGACCCUUGACCUAGUGGAAUUAACCUUUAAGGAUCAGUAUAUAGGCCGUGGAGAUAUGUGGCGACUAAAGAAAAGUUUGGUCAGCACAUGUGCCUAUAUCACUCAGAAGGUGGAAUUUGCUGGCAUCAGGGAGAAGUUGCUGCGGCUGAGGUUGAAGAGGUUGCUGCCUGUGUUCUCCUCAAGAAUUUUGAUGGAUUCCUGUCUCAUAUUGAGGGCACAGGCUGGUGAGCUGUGGGUCAAGAAUGAGAAGGUCAUGUGUGGUUAUAUCAGCGAAGAUACUAGGGUGGUGUUUCGUUCUACGUCGGCUAUGGUUUACAUAUUUAUUCAGAUGAGCUGUGAAAUGUGGGAUUUCGAUAUUUAUGGGGAUCUGUAUUUUGAGAAAGCUGUGAAUGGUUUCCUUGCUGAUCUCUUUACCAAGUGGAAGGAGAAAAACUGUAGUCAUGAAGUUACAGUGGUCCUAUUUUCUAGAACUUUCUAUGAUGCAAAAUCUCUUGAUGAAUUUCCUGAAAUAAACCGAGCCUCAAUUCGACAGGAUCACAAGGGACGGUACUAUGAAGACUUUUAUAAAGUGGUGGUGCAGAAUGAAAGGAGAGAAGAGUGGACUUCACUCCUUGUGACCAUUAAAAAACUCUUCAUCCAGUAUCCAGUGUUGGUGCGACUGGAACAGGCAGAGGGUUUUCCUCAAGGAGACAAUUCUACCUCAGCACAAGGAAACUACCUAGAGGCCAUCAAUCUGUCAUUCAAUGUGUUUGACAAGCACUACAUCAACCGCAACUUUGACCGAACUGGGCAAAUGUCUGUGGUGAUCACGCCUGGGGUGGGUGUGUUUGAAGUGGACCGUCUACUCAUGAUCUUGACCAAGCAGCGGAUGAUAGAUAAUGGAAUUGGUGUGGACUUGGUAUGCAUGGGGGAGCAACCAUUACAUGCUGUCCCGUUGUUCAAGCUACAUAAUCGAAGUGCGCCUCGUGAUUCUUGUCUGGGUGAUGACUAUAAUAUUCCUCACUGGAUAAACCACAGUUUCUAUACAUCCAAAAGCCAGCUCUUUUGUAACAGUUUCACCCCACGAAUAAAACUGGCAGGAAAGAAGCCUGCCUCUGAGAAAGCAAAAAAUGGCCGUGAUACAUCUCUUGGGACACCAAAAGAACCUGAGAAUGCCCUCCCCAUCCAAGUAGAUUAUGAUGCUUACGACGCCCAAGUUUUCAGGCUACCAGGCCCAUCCCGGGCUCAGCGCCUCGCCACCUGCAGGUCUGUGCGAGAGCGGGAGAGUCACCAUCGGAAGAGUGCCAGCUCCUGCGACGUCUCAUCCAGUCCUUCCUUGCCCAGCCGCGCACUGCCCACUGAGGAAGUGAGGAGCCAGGCUUCUGAUGACAGCUCCCUGGGCAGGAGUGCCAACAUCCUGAUGAUCCCACACCCCCACCUGCACCAGUAUGAAGUCAGCAGCUCCUUGGGCUAUACCAGCACUCGAGAUGUCCUGGAGAACAUGAUGGAGCCACCACAGCGAGACUCAAGUGCACCGGGGAGGUUCCACGUAGGCAGUGCGGAAUCCAUGCUGCAUGUUCGACCCGGGGGAUACACACCCCAGCGGGCACUCAUUAACCCCUUUGCCCCCUCACGAAUGCCCAUGAAGCUUACCUCCAACAGAAGGCGCUGGAUGCACACUUUUCCUGUGGGACCAUCCGGAGAGGCCAUCCAGAUCCAUCACCAGACCCGGCAGAAUAUGGAGGAGCUGCAGGGCAGCGGGCAGAGGGACCCAACUCACUCCUCUGCAGAGCUGCUGGAGUUAGCGUAUCAUGAAGCAGCUGGAAGGCACAGCACUUCCCGUCAGCCUGGUGACAGCAUGUCCUUCUUGAACUUCAGUGGAACAGAAGAGCUUUCUGUCAGCCUGCUUAGCAGCAGUGGUGCAGGUAUGAAUCCUAGGACUCAGAAUAAGGAUUCCUUAGAGGACAGUGUUUCUACCUCUCCAGACCCAAUUCUGACACUGUCUGCUCCCCCUGUAGUGCCAGGCUUCUGUUGCACAGUUGGAGUGGACUGGAAAUCUCUCACUACUCCGGCGUGCCUCCCCCUCACCACCGACUACUUCCCCGACCGCCAGGGCCUGCAGAACGACUACACGGAGGGCUGUUACGAUCUCCUUCCAGAAGCAGACAUCGACAGAAGGGACGAGGAGGGUGUGCAGAUGACGGCCCAGCAGGUGUUUGAAGAGUUCAUCUGCCAGCGUCUCAUGCAGGGCUACCAAAUCAUAGUGCAGCCCAAGGCGCCGAAGCCCAACUCCACUGUCCCACCCCCACUGAGCAGCAGCCCGCUCUAUAGCCGAGGCCUUGUGUCCCGAAACCGACCUGAGGAGGAGGAUCAGUAUUGGCUGAGUAUGGGCAGAACAUUCCACAAAGUGACGCUGAAGGAUAAGAUGAUCACAGUGACACGUUACCUUCCUAAGUACCCUUAUGAAUCUGCCCAGAUCCACUAUACCUACAGCCUCUGCCCUUCCCACUCGGACUCAGAGUUUGUCUCUUGUUGGGUGGAAUUCUCCCAUGAGCGGCUAGAGGAGUACAAGUGGAAUUACUUAGAUCAGUAUAUCUGUUCUGCCGGCUCUGAGGACUUCAGCUUAAUUGAGUCUCUGAAGUUCUGGAGGACCCGUUUCCUGCUGCUACCAGCCUGUGUCACUGCCACAAAGCGCAUCACAGAAGGGGAAGCCCACUGCGACAUCUAUGGGGACAGGCCCCGGGCAGAUGAGGAGGAAUGGCAGCUCUUGGAUGGGUUUAUCCGCUUCGUGGAGGGUUUGAACCGAAUCCGCAGGAGACAUCGCUCAGAUCGCAUGAUGCGGAAAGGGACCACCAUGAAAGGCUUACAGAUGACCGGGCCCAUUGCCACACACUCCCUUGAGUCGGCCGGCCCCCCUGUUGGGAAGAAGGGAACCUCAGCUCUGUCCGCCUUGUUGGAGAUGGAAGCCAGUCAGAAGUGUUUAGGAGAACAGCAGGCAGCUGUGCAUGGUGCCAAGAGCUCCUCCCAGCCAGCUGAGAGCAGCAACGUUGCCAUGACUCCCACCUACGUGGACAGCCCACGAAAGGACGGGGCCUUCUUUAUGGAGUUUGUCCGCAGCCCGCGCACAGCAUCGUCUGCCUUCUACCCACAGGUGUCUGUGGACCAGACAGCUACCCCAGUACUGGACAGCACCAGUUUGGGGGUAAGCACAAGCCAGUCUGUGGACAGAGGCAACAGCCAGGCCUUUGGGAACUCCCAGAACUCAGGGGAACAGAGCUUCCCCCCUGCAAACUCCAGUGACAGCAGCUCUCAGCAGCUAGCAGCAAGCUCCUUAACUUCAUCCUCCACCCUGACGGAGAUCCUGGAAGCCAUGAAGCACCCCUCGACGGGAGUCCAGCUGCUCUCAGAACAGAAGGGCCUCUCACCGUGCUGCUUCAUCAGCGCAGAGGUGGUGCAUUGGCUGGUGAACAACGUGGAGGGCGUCCAGACACAGGCGAUGGCGAUCGAUAUCAUGCAGAAAAUGCUGGAAGAGCAACUCAUCACACAUGCAUCUGGUGAAGUCUGGCGGACCUUCAUCUAUGGCUUCUAUUUCUACAAGAUAGUCAUGGACAAAGAACCUGACCGAGUGGCCAUGCAGCAACCCACCACCUGGCACACAACGGCAGUGGAGGACUUUGCCAGCUUCCAGCGCAAGUGGUUUGAGGUGGCCUUUGUGGCCGAAGAGCUCUUGCACUCCGAGAUUCCUGCUUUCCUCUUGCCCUGGCUGCCUAGCCGGCCAGCCUCCUAUGCAAGCAGGCACAGCUCCUUCAGCCGCAGCUUCGGAGGGCGAAGCCAGGCAGCUGCGCUUUUAGCUGCCACUGUCCCAGAGCAGAGGACUGUGACCCUGGACGUGGACGUGAACAACCGCACAGACCGGCUGGAGUGGUGUAGCUGUUACUAUCAUGGCAACUUCUCCCUGAAUGCGGCCUUUGAGAUCAAGCUCCACUGGAUGGCUGUGACUGCCGCAGUCCUCUUCGAGAUGGUCCAGGGUUGGCAUCGCAAAGCCACUUCCUGCGGCUUUUUGUUGGUCCCUGUUCUGGAGGGUCCCUUUGCGCUGCCCAGUUACCUGUAUGGCGAUCCGCUUCGAGCACAGCUCUUCAUUCCACUCAACACCAGCUGCCUGCUCAAGGAGGGCAGUGAGCACUUGUUUGAUAGCUUUGAACCGGAAACAUACUGGGAUCGAAUGCACCUUUUCCAGGAAGCCAUUGCACACAGGUUUGGGUUUGUGCAAGAUAAAUAUUCUGCUUCUGCUUUUAACUUCCCCGCUGAGAACAAGCCUCAAUACAUCCAUGUUACAGGAACAGUGUUCCUGCAGCUGCCCUACUCCAGGCGCAAGUUCUCAGGACAACAGCGGCGGCGGCGGAACUCCACCAGCUCCACCAACCAGAACAUGUUCUGUGAGGAACGGGUUGGCUACAACUGGGCCUAUAAUACCAUGCUGACCAAGACAUGGCGCUCUAGUGCCACAGGGGACGAGAAGUUUGCUGAUCGGCUGCUCAGGGAUUUCACGGACUUCUGCAUCAACCGCGACAACCGGCUGGUUAUGUUCUGGACGAGUUGCCUGGAGAAGAUGCAUGCCAGUGCCCCGUGAGGCCAGGCUGCACCACGGGCCGAAGCACAGCCGAAGCACAGGGAGGAUUCUGUUCUUGUCCAAGUCCAGUAGGGGCAAUGGGGCUCCGGGCAGCAGGCGGCAGUGCCUCCGUCCGUGAGUGGGGGCCAUUGCUGCUGCUUUCCCUCCUGCCCCGCCAACAAAAUGUUCUUCUCCUCGAGGAGAAAGACUCGGGAAGAAAAGAGUGCUGAGAGCAGGUGGGAGGCCCAGAUGGUCCGUGGGAGGACCUCAGUACUGGGGAGGGGGGCGAGCAGCCCCCAUGAAUGUCCUUGGAGAAGGGGUGGCUCCUGAGAGCGUCCUUUCUUUCCCCUAGCCGUGGGCUUUUCGGAGCCGUCUGCUGAUUCCCGCCCAAAAGUAUGCACAGGAUGUAAGAUAGUUUUGUGAAAUAGUGUACCAUAGGCUCACACCAACUGUAUAUACCUGUACAUAUCAGAAGCAGGAAUAAAGUGCCACAUGCAGCAUCUCUGGCCCCCGCCUUGUUCCUGGCAGCGGCGAUCCCAUCCUCGGCUGGGCAGUCGGGCCUUGUUGGCAGUGACAUGGUGGCAAAUGAGGCAGCCACAGAAGGUGAGGAGGACUUUGAAUUCACUGUCUUGGGAGAGUCUGGCCGGGGAUUUCCUGAAAGAUGUCUUUUCAUAAGCCCUUGGGCAAGAACAGAAUAGUUUCUUUCAGACAUAGUGAGCAGAGCAGAUAGUACCACGCACAACUGCAGGCUUGUGCUGUCAGAAUGAAUCUUGCUAAGUGGGUGAACCCAGGUGU